CGGCCACCGUACGGGACUAUGCCUGCCUGCGUCGCACAAUGCGCUGAAGAAGUCUGAAUCCACGCUUUGGAUUUGAUCUGGAUUUUUGUCACGUGUUUAUUCAUUAGUGGCAUCAUGUUCUCGUCAACCAAGUCCAAAGAAGUUGCAGAUGAGUACAUCUCAUCUCUGUCUGAUCUUACUAUUAACAGUAAGCCGCUUAUCAACAUGCUCACCAUGCUGGCUGAAGAUAAUAUCGAACAUGCACCAGCGAUAGUGCAAGCUGUUGAGACUCAUCUACAAAAGGUGAGAAGUGACAUCAAGUUACCGGUACUCUAUCUCAUCGACUCGAUUGUCAAGAAUGUGAAUGGAGACUAUUUGAAUCUUUUCACGCAGAACAUAGUAAACACAUUCUGUGGAGUGUUUGAGAAGGUUGAUGAGAACACAAGAGCUAGCAUGUGGAAGUUGCGACAAACGUGGAAUGAUGUAUUUCCACCAAAUAAGUUAUUUUCAUUAGAUGUACGGGUGCAAAGUAUCGAUCCUGCAUGGCCAAUCACUGCCCCACCUACUAGCAUUCCUUCAGGAUCUAUACAUGUCAAUCCAAGAUUUCUUUCAAUGCCUCAACAAGCCGCAACUUCAAUUGUUCCGCCUGUUAAAUUGCCACCAGGAGAACCGGUAACAACAACAGAAGCAGCUAUGAGAGAACAACUGCUGAAGAAGCAGCGAGAAUUGUUAGAAUUACAAAAGAAAAAAAUCGAGUUAGAACUGUUGCAAGCUAAAGCAAGUUUAGAGCAACAGCAAAGACAACUUGACAAACAAGCUGGAAGCUUGAAAACGGAAGUGGUUGUGUCCACUGCACAUGUUGCGCCAACUACGGAGACAACAACGCAAGCAAAACCUAUCACACCUGUAGUGCCAAAUCAAACUUCAAAACAAGUAGCUAAACAAUUUCCAGCAGCGGCAGCGUCACUUUUGAAGAAUGUAGGAGCAAACAAUGGUCCACGAAUUGCACCAGCCAGUAGUAUAGCAGUAGCAUCGGCAAAGCCAGUCUCGCGAGAUCCACGUUUGAAGCCUACUCCUACUGUUCAGGAUGUGAUAGUGCCAACGAUAGAUCCACGACAACGACCGGGUACAAUCAGUCCAAAAGAAGCGCGGAGCGAAAAUCAAGCGCAGCAAGUGGCAAAUACAAUUGUAACUUCAAACCAAUUAAAACAACAACCUUCGAAAUCGGCUGUAACUAUCAACAAGCCUCCGGUCAAUCCCGGCGCCGGACCUGAUAAUAAUACAACGUUAUUAAACGUUAUGAAUAACAAUAAUUCUGAUAAUAAUAGCAAUAAUAAAAAUUUUAAUAGUAAUAUAAAUAAAGAUGCUACCUCGCAUCGAACAAGUCAAAAGAAAGAUCCUAGAUUAAAUAUUAAUAGUAGUGCUAACCUAAACAGUAACAACUCCAAGAACAGCCAGAAUUUACCGGUUUGCAGUAAUAACUCGUCUUCAGUAUUAUCAACAGGGAAUCGAGGAAGUGGAGGUAGUGACACCAACAAGUCAAAAGAUUCGAAGAGCUCGAACUCGCGCGGCUCUUCUUCUUUGGCUGACAAGUCUUCCACUUCCUCCAAAUUUUCGCAUAGGAAAUUAGGCAAUAAGUCGCGAUCUAAACAACCUCAGAUAUGUCCGAGUAAGAUUCCGAAACUCGACAGAGACUCGAGUCCGAUUAGGUCAAAAUCUCGUGAAAAAGACAGCGGAGACAGUUCACCGUCCUCACGUACCUCUCCACAAUCCUUCCAAGCCUCUAAAAACCGUAAGAAGAACACGAAAUCGAGAAAGCGUAGUCCAAGUCCUCCGUAUAGAAUUCCCAGGCGUAACGACGCGAAAUCGAGCUCGAGCUUGAAUAAUUCCGGUGGUGUUACUGAGGAGGAGCAAUCUGGUUCGUUAAUAGUAUCUCCUCCUCAUCCACCUACGUUCAAAGAGAUCAGGCCGAACGCUAGACAGAGAAAUUAUGUAAGACGAAAUAAAGACGACAGUCUUAGUCCGGAACGUUCUCCAGUCAAUGCUGGAAAUACUCAAAUCGCAGCCGAGCCAACAUUGGAAUCUUCUAGCAAAGAUGAAGAUCUCAGGGCACCACUAUCUCUACCUGGAACCACUGUUUCUAUACCGGAAAAGAAAGAAGAUUUAGAUCUACGAGUAUUACCACCUGUUAACACUAACAAAAGACGCAGUGAGGAAUGUGUCGAGGCGAUCCCACCGAAAAAAACUAAGGCUGAAAAGUUUGACGCAUUAUUUGGUAAUGAAGACGUGGAUUUGCGCACUUUGACGCAUCCUAAUGCCGGUAGACCUCCGACACCUCCACCGCCUGUGAUUUCUGGGGAGGAUGGAAAAGAUGGUUGGGCGAAAUUAAAGACGCCCACGAAGAAUGAUAGAGAUAAGCAGGUUAAUAAUACUGACGAUAAGCGCGACCGAGAUCGUAACAGAGAUAGAUUGGGACGUCUCAGACUCUAUAACAAGCUUCCGGACGAUCCUAAAGAGAGAAGAAGAACGUUAUCGAAUGAGGAACAGGACUCCAGACCAGGACGCAGAGGUCGAGAGAAUGAUAAACCUGAGAGAAAUGACGAUAGAAAUAUUGAGAUAAUAAUGAAGCAAGCUGCUGAACAGUUGAAUCAAGGAUCGAUCACGAAAAUACAGUACAAUACCUUGAUACAAGAGGUAUUGCACAUGAGCGAAGAUCGGAAAUUGCGAGCUGCGCAGCGUAAGGAGAAGGAAGCUGGCACAGUAAUAUGGGAAAAGGGUAUUAAUAUGGACAUGUCCGGUCCCGGAGAUCGCGCCGCGACAUUCAGCCCGUCCAAUGAUAAGGAAAUUAUGCGAAACAAGGAUCAUCCAAUGCCACGAAAUCCAAAUGGUCCAAGAUGGCAGAAUCAGCCAUGGCAACAACCUUGGGCGCAUCCACCAGGACCACCAUACGGUGGACCGCAGGGACACUUCAAUUCGGACAUGAGACCUGUCGGUCCUUGGCAGAAUCCGCGACACUUCGGGCCAAUGCGACCGGAUUAUCAGUAUCAUAGCGGUUUUAAUCACAAUAUGGGUCCCAACCCGCGCUUAGGGCCUGGUAUGAUAGGUCCGAUGGGUCCAAAUGGGCCGAUCAUGUCGAAUCUUUUGCCGAAUGGUCCAAUGGGACCAAUGGGACCUAUGCCAAAUCCUCCUAUGCCGAUGGGAUGCCAUCCCGCAAUGAUGAUGAAUAACGGACCAAUGCCCAAUCUUAUGACAAAUAUGCCACCAUUGACGUCUGGUAGAAACGUAUCACCGAACACAUCCGGCAAGUAUGAUCUCGAGGAUAAUGAUCACAGUUACAAUAACGCGUUAAAGAAUCCGGGCUCACAUAGCCGCGAAUUGCCGCCACCGGAUUCAAAACUAUUAGCUGAUAUCGCAAGAGAUACUAUGAAGUCUAUAAAUAUUGACAAUAUACCACGGGAGAUUCGUUAUUAUGGACAAACUGGUGUGGUGUUUAUGAACUGGGAUGAUCCACGGGAGAUCGGCUUCCAGGACGGCAUAAGAAGAAUAUUGAUUGACGAGAAGGACACUAUAACUUGUGCAUUUAAUGAUCAAUAUAAGGAGUUUAUGUACGAAGGAGAAGUACAUAGAAUCAAACUUGGAGCACCUACUCGAGAAUUGUAUGUUGACGAUUGCUGGUAUGAGUGUUACUUUGGUGGUAUGCCAAUAACAAUUGAACUCGGCGGCAAGAAAAUUAGUGUAAAAUUGGAGGGUCCUCCUCCACAAGUAAAAAUUGGCACUGUAAAGCGGACGGAUCUCGUAGUUGCAAAAAUUAAUCUUAUUAUUAACGCGCGAAAUAUGGUGCCGGUAUUUUUAGACGCAAAACCACAGAUAUUCGAAAUUGAAGGAAAGCCUCAUACUCUAGAAUUUACAGAUGCAUUGCAGACAGUUCUGCUAAAUGGACGACCGUUUAAAGUCGAAUUUGGAGGAUUACCUAAACCUAUUAUUGUUAGAGACAAGAAGCAUUUCAUCAGAUUUUCGGUAUUGCCCAGAGGAGUACGUGCUGGUCAUGUUAAAAUUACCGGAAUGAGAGGUGAAGGUCCCAUUGAAUCGCCGCCACCGACGGCGCCUUUGGUGGCACAAAAACCGAAAGUAGAUGCUACUCCUGCGCCAAGUCAGUUACCCGCUGUAGAAAAUGAAUCCACGUCACAAGAUGGUAUAGAUUUUACUUCUACUUCAAAACCAGAUCUACAAUUAGAUAUCUUAUCAUCAGUUUUGCCAUCAGCAAUGGCACCAUCAUCCGGUUUGUCAUAUCAAGCCGAACCUGUAGAAAAUGCAUCAGCACCGACGUUGCCAUUGAAUAUGAGCGAAUUAUUCCAAAGAUUGGUUGAGACUGGUAUUGUUCCAAAUCUUACAGAACAAAAGAAACAGGAGGAAGAAGAAAAGAAAGAAUCUGAGAUUACUCCAGUCACCUUUGAUAAACCGGAAACUCUUAAAAUUAAGCAACCAGCAAUUUCAGCAGCGUUAUACAGUGGUAUGCAAUGUAGUUCUUGCGGUGCUAGAUUUGCGCCCGAGUUAGCUACUCGGUACAGCCACCAUUUGGAUUGGCACUUUAGACAAAACAGACGUGAACGUGACUCUGCGAGAAAAGCGCACUCUCGAGCAUGGUAUUAUGACGUCAGCGAUUGGAUACAGUUUGAGGAGAUCGAAGAUUUGGAGGACAGAGCACAAAGCUGGUUCGAGACUGAGAAACAGACAGCAGAAACAGAAGGUAUGGCUACAGAUGAUUCGCCUCAGGAAACAUUGCAGCCAAGCGUACCAACUGGCAGCGAUGAAGAUUCACGAUGCCAAGUAUGCCAUGACGCAUUUGAGCAAUUCUAUAAUGAGGAAAAGGAGGAAUGGCAUUUGAGACCAGCGGUUAAUUACGAGGAUAAGAAUUACCAUCCCCUCUGUUUAGAGGAUUACAAGACAGCAUUAGAAAAAUCAGCUUUGACGCUUGAAGAGACUAUUUCGGAAAUGGAGGAAAAUAAGGUAGAAUGUUCCGAAGAAACGCCCGGAGAUGAAGUUAAGCAGGAAGAAUCUGACAUAGAAAUGUCGAAAAAAGAGCAACUCGAGUCUAUAGAGAAUUUGAAUCAAGUAGAGGUGAACAUGCAGCAACUUUUAGACUCUAUUGCUGUAUCAGAGAAAAAAGAAGAGUCUGUUGAUACGGAAAAUUCCGAAGUUCUACAGGACGAUACAGAGGAAAAAACAGAAAAUAUAGAAAAGGUCGACGAAGAAAAUACAGAAGCUCUCAUAGAAGGCGCCGAGCAAGACGCGCCUACGAUAAAUAAAGAAGACGAAUCUCCGGGCGAAAGUGUAACAAUACCUUUUGAGAAUAUUAAAAUUAAAGAAGAACCACUAGACGACAUUGAUGAACAAGUCGAUAGCGAAGUGUUUGACUUCGCCAACGUGGAAAUCAAAGAGGAACCUAUGGAGGCUGAACCAGAUCCUGAACAAAUUGUAAAUGAGUCGGGCACGGUCGAUACAACAUAUGCCGCAGUGAAAAGUUCCAUCGACGGAAAUGUGGAAUUAGAUUCGACACCGCCAGCUAUUCCCGCGGCUCCAUCGCGAAUUAAGAUUAACAUUACUAAGCCAUUGAACAUCAACAAAGAACCAGAGGAAAAUAAAGAAAAGGAGAAAGUAGCGGUUGAAACUUCAGCAGAGGAAAAUGCAGAACAACCGUUAGUGGCAGCUUCUAUCAAGCCAAGUCUACAGGGUAGAAAACUAUCGAAUUUACCUCCUGUGGAAAAGGGACAAGAAUUAUCGGGACUUUGUUCUAUUAUGUAAAUAUCCAGUGUACAAAGUUAGAAAUUAUUCACCUUGCGAUGUAAAUGUAUAAAAUACUAGAUUUAUAUUUAGAUAUAGAACGCGAUCUAUUUCUAGCUUAUAUUUACAUCUUAGGUCUGUUUUUGUUUGUGCACUGUCUGAACUAAUGCACAUGGUGCAAUAAGUUAAAAUAAAACAAAU